AUGUCUCAAAAUUACAUUCUACGCCACCACUCACAUGACAUUGCCAUUCCGCCACAAAAUUACGAAACUCCAUCAACAACGAAAACCCACAACUGCCAAAGUCACUCAUCUCCCACACAAACACCCCCCCUCCCCAUCCUUCGCAUCAUGUCCGGCUUAGAACAAUCAUUAUUCCAACUCAAAUUUACCGCCAAACAACUCAACAGACAAGCUUCCAAAGCUGCCAAAGAAGAACAACAAGAAAAGGCCAAAAUCAAAAAAGCUCUUACUCAAGGCAACAACGACAUAGCUCAACUCUAUGCCCAAAACGCCAUACGCAAAUCCAACGAACGAGUCAACUUGUUACGAUUAAGUUCACGUAUCGAUGCCGUUGCAUCUCGGGUCCAAACUGCCGUUACCAUGCGAUCAGUCACUGGUAACAUGACCCAAGUGAUCAAGGGCAUGGAUAAAGCAUUACAAACGAUGAAUCUCGAACGAAUAAGUUUGGUGAUGGAUAAGUUUGAAAAUCAAUUUGAGGAUUUGGAUUCAGCGACAAAUUAUUACGAACUGACGACGAAUAAUGUCAAUGCAUUGACAACGCCGCAGGAUCAAGUUGAUGAAUUGUUGAAUCAAGUUGCUGAUGAAGCUGGUAUUGAGAUGAAACAAGGGUUGAAUGCGACUCAAGUGGAGGUGCAGAGUCCCGUGUCGUCAACUGCAAUUCUGGAGGAGAAGGAAGAUAAGUUGGCAGAAAGGUUGAGAGCAUUGAGAAAUUGA